CCCAACGCAGAGCCUGGAAUUGGCUGGACGCAGCUCGCAGCGCCGGCGCCCGGUAGGACGGCGCGGGGGCGGGGCCGGCGGAAGCGCUCGAGUGCCGUUGUCUGCUGCGCCGGAAGUUCCUAGCCGGGCCUGGCGGUAACCUUGGGGGCCUCACUGCCGCCGCCGCUGCUGUUGGAGUGGGCUUUGCGAGUCUGAACGUUGGCGGGGCUAGGCUUGUUAACUGCCGAGAGCCGCCGGGUUUGCGGUGGAGGACGCUGAGGCCCGUGGGGGGCAGGCACCCGGGCGCCGGACCUCCCAGCCGACAUGUCUCUAGUGGCGGAAGCCUUCGUCUCCCAGAUUGCAGCUGCAGAACCUUGGCCUGAAAAUGCUACAUUAUAUCAGCAAUUGAAAGGGGAGCAAAUUUUACUUUCUGACAAUGCAGCUUCUCUUGCAGUGCAGGCCUUUUUGCAAAUGUGUAACUUGCCUAUCAAAGUAGUUUGUAGGGCAAAUGCAGAAUAUAUGUCUCCAUCUGGUAAAGUACCUUUUAUUCAUGUGGGAAAUCAAGUAGUAUCAGAACUUGGUCCAAUAGUCCAAUUUGUUAAAGCCAAGGGCCAUUCUCUUAGUGAUGGGCUGGAUGAAGUCCAAAAAGCAGAAAUGAAAGCUUACAUGGAAUUAGUCAACAAUAUGCUGUUGACUGCAGAGCUGUAUCUUCAGUGGUGUGAUGAAGCUACAGUAGGGGAGAUCACUCAUGCUAGGUAUGGAUCUCCUUACCCUUGGCCUCUGAAUCAUAUUUUGGCCUAUCAGAAACAGUGGGAAGUCAAACGUAAGAUGAAAGCUAUUGGAUGGGGAAAGAAGACUCUGGACCAGGUCUUAGAGGAUGUAGACCAGUGCUGUCAAGCUCUCUCUCAAAGACUGGGAACACAACCGUAUUUCUUCAAUAAGCAGCCUACUGAACUUGAUGCACUGGUAUUUGGCCAUCUGUACACCAUUCUUACCACACAAUUGACAAAUGAUGAACUUUCUGAGAAAGUGAAAAACUAUAGCAACCUCCUUGCUUUCUGUAGGAGAAUUGAACAGCACUAUUUUGAAGAUCGUGGUAAAGGCAGGCUGUCAUAGAGUUUAUGUGUUAGUCUCAGAAGUCUUAACUUUCGAAAUAUGUUUUACUUGAAUGUUGUAUUAGAUAUUGAUGUCAGAAUUUUAAAACCAAAUUACUGCUUUUUGAAACCUCAAAACAAAUUAUAUAAUGUAUCUUAUAUAUGUGCUUUAUAUUGUUAUUUGUGUAUACAUUAAAAUAAUUUUGAAUUAUUUCAUCUGAUAUGUUGUAUUCUGUAUCUUGAAAUUUUUGUUUCCUUGAAACAUGCAUGCAUUUAAAAAUAAAGCUUAAACAACUGUA